CGUAUGUACACUUCCUAAGCUAACACGAGCCUGAUGCGAAGAGAAUUUGGUGCUCAAACCACGAGCCGUUGACUCACAGCCCCUUUACGCCUGCAAUGCCUUGAAAUCACUUGUCAAAUGUAGGUAGCGAUUUAGUAAAUGGAGCUGGUGAGCGUGGACGUGCCGGACGUCCGCAUUGCUCUGCAGCGGGGCGUUCCGUUGCUGCUUGGGCGUGGAAACGCGACGGGUAUCACUUCUGUGGCUGUCAGUCGCUCGCACUGCCACGUGCUGUGGGUUGCGGAGCCAAAACGCAGCGCACGCCUGGCUUCGGCACUCGGCGCAGACCCCGGGGUCAGCCAUCUCGAAACCCACUCGCGCCAGCCCGACCUCGGCAGUGCUCCCCAGCAGCAGCACCCCGGCAAUCGCGAGUAUGAGGACGUCGUGCUGACCGUGCUGCACGCCAGUGGGGCGGCCGUGGUGCGCAGGCCGCACGCGACGCACACUUUCGCCACGUCACCCACGAUGCCACCCCCACCAGUAGCCGGCGCAGCGGCAGCAGCAGCGGCAGCUGCCGCCGGCCCCCAGCUGGUGCUGCUGCCCGCUGGCGCCAGCUGCCAGCUGUACCCGGGGGAUGUGGUGUACCUGGAGCGCCGGGACGCGCGCCUGGCCACAGGGUUCAGGCUACAGCAGCUGCAGCAGCCACGCAGCGGUGGUGGCGGCGGCGGCGGCGAAGGCGUGGCGGCCACCGCUGCCGCCACACCCACGCCGCAGUCCCAAACCUGGUCCCCGCAGCAUCAGCAGCAGCAGCGGCAGCAGCAGCUGCCGCCCUGGGCGCAGCAGAGUCCGCGUGCCCUCGUCUUCACAGCGCAUGACCCGCCAGCGGUGUCAGCGGCAGCGGUAGCCGCUAGAGCAGCUGCUGGUGCGGCGCCGGCCACCGCUGCCACUGCCGUCCCAGCCGUCACGGCGGCAGCGCCAUCGGCACCAGUUGCUGUGCUUAGCCCCACGCCGGCACGUGCGGUGUUCCCGGCAUGUGCAGCUGUGGUUGGAAGCGGCGGCCCGGCCUCCGCCACAGUCAGACCCGGCGACGGCGGUGCGGCAAGCACCAGGCCUGUUAGAGCAGCAGCGGGUGACGGCAGUGCAAGGCCCACUGCUGCAGGCCUGCCGCCGGGGCAGCAGCCACCCAUGAAGCAAGCACCGCAGCCUCCAGCCGCCAGUUUCGGCCCGACGGGCGGCCAGCCGACUCGCGGUCAUGUUAGGGACGCUGUAGGAGCUGGGGCAGCUGCGAGCCAUGCCUUGCCGCAACCAUUGGUUGACCCACAUGCGCAACCGCGUCAGGACAGCAUGACACGCCACUCACCACCGCACAAGCGACCCCGUCUUGAGUCGCCAUCGCUACACAUGUCGCAACAGUCACAGCCACACCCAGAUUCUGCGGCGGCAAGAGAAGCUGCAGACACGGAUGCAGCUGCGGCGGAGGCAGUGGAGAUUGACGCGGAGGAAGGGGAAGUGGACUUGCGCGGGCUUUGUGUGGAUGUGGGCACGGCCUCUGGGGCGGGAUGGGCAGCACGGCGCCGGCGUCAGGACGCCGACGCAGCAGCGCCGCCGACUGGUGAUGGCGGCGCGGUGGUGCCGGAGCCCACACCGAGCCUGGCAGUGCUAGCAGCGGCGGCAGCAGCGGCGUCCGCAGCGGCGUCAGCAGCGGCGGCAGCGCCGACUGUGAGCGGGCUACUAGCGGCGGCGCCACUGGAGCCGUCAGGGUCAGGGGCACCAGUGAAAGGAGACGGGACAGCGGCAGAAGCCGGCGCAGCUGCAGCAGCCGGGGCGGGCCAGGUGACGUCGGGCGCGACGGCGCCGGAGGUACUGGCGCCUGUCGCACAAGCCAACAAGGCGCCAGCCGCAGCAGCAGCAGAGGGGGAGGUGGAGAUGUCACCAGAUGUUGGGUUGGGGGCAGAAGUGGAGGCAGCUGCAGACCGGGCGGCUGCUCCAGAGCCAGCCUCUGUCUCGGAAGCCGCCGCCGCUCAGGAGUCACCGGAGCCUGCUGUGGCAGAGGGGGCCGCAGCCGAGCCGGCUGGGCCUCUGGCAGCGGAGCACGUGCAAGCAGAAAGGGGGGCCGCAUAUGAGGGCGCGGUGGAGCAAGCGCCUUCAGAGGAUUGUUCCAAGCCAGCGGAUGCGCCGCCGCUUUUGAGGCCGGGCCCGGCGGCAAUGGCGGAGCCGCCAGCAGGGCCCUCAACAUCACCACCCCACCAGGCGCUGCCGUCGCCGCCGCCGCCGCCGUCACAGUCGGCACCACAGCCGCCUCCAGCUCAGCAGCCGCCCCAGCCGGGCGAAGCUACUGCGGCCGCAUUUGGUGAUGGCAGUGGCGCCGUCGCCGCCGCCACCGAGGGCGACACGGCUGCGGCGGGAGGCGCCGGCGGUCCCCGCGCCAGCGGCGGCGGCAACGGCGACGGCAGGGUUGCGGUUGUAGAGGGUGGCAGUGCUGUGCGGGCUGGAGGCGAGGGGCCGGCUCCGGUGCCGGCGACUGUGUCCAAUGCCCCUCCAGUCAGCUCAACAACAGCAGCCGUACCAGCACCAGCAGUGGCAAUAGCGGCACCGGGGCUGGCGGCGACGCCCGGUCGUGCCUUCUUGUCGGGGUGUCGCUUCGUGCUGUGGGAGCGCGGCGCGGUGCGGGACAUCCUGACCAAGGUGAAACGUGUCGGCGGCACGGAGCAGUACAGUGUGUGCGGCUCAACCACACACGUCGUGGCGAGGCGGGAUCUGCCGGCGGCGGAGGCGGCGCGCCUGCUCGCGGCGUCGGACCUGGCUUGGAAUCGGGACGGAGGUGGUGGUGGCGGUGGUGGUGACAUUGCCUCAGUAGGCCAGCACUCGCUGCCGCUGCCCCCGGGUGUCCACUUUGUGACGCCGGCCUUCCUGCGGGACUGCCUGGCCGCGGGCCGGCUACUGGAUCCAGACCCCGCCGCCGGACACGUCGUCACCCAGCUCACCAGCCAGCAGCAGCAGCCGCUGUCGCCGCCGCCGCCGCCGCCGCAGCAGCAGCAGCAGCAGCAGCAGCAGCAGCCUGAUGAUACCGUGCCUGCGGCCGGGCAGCCCCCGCCGUUGCAGCAGCCCUUGCAGCAGCCGGCAGAAGCGGCACCAGAGCCACGACCGCAGCCGCAGACCGCCGCGACAGAAGCGAUGGGAGUGCUGCCGCCUCAGGGCCGGGCGGCGGUCGCGGCUGGAGCGCCGCAACCUCUACAGCCGCAGUCUCUGCAGCCGCGGUCCUCGCAGCGGGUGUUGCCGGGGCCGGAGGACGUGUGCCGCGGGCCGGAGGACUGGGGCGUGGGCGACCGGUGGAUUGAGCCGUGGGACGACGCGGCCGCGCGGCGCACCUGCAGCAUCGUGCUCGCGCACUGGGCCAAGCACUCGUUCCAUACUGACGACGGCCACGCCCUGGACUACCGGGACAGCCUGCGUGAGGCAGCGGCAGCAGCGGGUGCAGGCGCGGGGGCGGCGGGGGGCGCAUGGGUAGCGGCGGGGGCCCUAGGAGCGGGGGCCGCGGGGGCGGAGACGACGCCGGUGCAUACGCCCGUCAGGCGGACGCGAUCUGGCGGCAGCGCAGGCCGUGGCGGCGGCCGUGGCGGGAGCAGGGCUGGGAGUGAUGGCGGCGGGCCGCGUGACACGGACGUGGAGGACAACGACGGCGAUGAUAAUGACGAUGAUUUGGGUCUGGGGGCCAAGGCCGCGCCCGGGUCUGCUGCCGCCGCCAGUCCUGGCGGAGGCCGCGGUGCGGGUGCGGCUGCAGGGUCUGCAGGUGGAGGCGGAGGUGGGAGCGGAGCAGCAGGCGGAGGUGGUGCCGGGCGGCGCCUGUCGGUGGGUGAGGGCGGCUCCUCGCCGGCAGCUGCCGUCUCGACACCGCUCAGCGGCAGCACCACACCGGGCGGCGGAGGUGGCCGCGGCCGGCGGGGCGGGUGGUGGUGGCGUGGCGGCGGCGCAGGUGGAGGUGGAGGCGGCGGGGGGUGGGGACGCGGUGGCGGCUGGAGCGGAGGCAAGGGCAGCGGGUCAGGUGGGCCCCGGAGGAGGCGUGUCGGCGGCGGCGGCGGAAGUGGCGAUGAUACGGAGCAUAGUGAUGACGGCUCCGGUCGGGAGGAGGGCCGGAAGCGGCAGCAGCAGCAGCAGCAGCAGCGACUGCAGCCACCAUUGGCAGCCCAACAUUCCGGGGGAUACGACACGGCAGACGAGGGGGAGACGGGUGCUGGGCGCCAGGAGGCAUUGGCGCGUCAGCGCGGCAGCGGUGGCGGUGGCGCUGGCGGCGAAGCCGCUGAUGAUGAUGGCACCGCUGGCGGCGUUGGCGGCGGCGCCGUCAAUGUCGUGUGCCGGCACGUGUGCUGCUCCGCCCGGCCCUUCUGCAUCCUUGAAGAACUCAAGCACACCAAGUCGCUGUACAUGGGUCGAGACGACCAGUUCCGGAUCAAGGCCAUCGACCGCGCUCUGGCGGUGUGCGCCCGGCUGACUCAGCCGCUGCAGUCGCCCGACCAGGUGCAGCGGCUGGGGCUGGGCGCCAAGACGGCCAAGAAGCUGGAGGAGAUCCUGGCCACGGGCCGCCUGCAGCGCAACGCCGUGUGGGAGGGCAGCGAGCUCAGAGCCACAAUGAAGCUCUUCACACAGGUGUGGGGCUGUGCGGAGAGCACCGCCCGCAAGUGGUACGUGGGCGGCGCCCGCAGCCUGUCUGACGUGGCGGCCCGGUCCGACCUGACGGCGCAGCAGCGGCUGGGGCUGACCCACUUCCACGACUUCAGUCGGCGGCUGGCGAGGGCCGAGGUGGCGGAGGCGGCGGCCGGGGUCCGGCGAGUGACCCUAGAGGUGCUGCAGGACCUGACGGGCCUGCCUCAGCACGUGGUGGCGGACCGGCUGCACGUGCGCCCCAUGGGCAGCUACGCACGCGGCGCGCCCUCCUCCUCAGACGUGGACUUCAUCAUCGCGCCCGGCCCCGAGGCCGACACGCGUCUGGGCCCGCCGGUGCUGCUGGCGGCUCUGGUGGCCCGACUGCGGGCGGCGGGGUAUGCCGACCCCGCCUCGGCACACAUGCUGCACACCCGCACCAGCUGGAAGCCGCGGGGGGCGGAGCCGGUGCGCCACCCGGGCGCUGCGGCCGCCUACGGCCAGCCCCGGCCGCAGGCACACCAUCGGCACCACCACGAACACCAGCACCGGCGGCGGAGCUCGACUGCUGGUGCUUCGCAGCAGGGGCAGGCGCAGGGAGGCGGUCACGACGAUGACCUCAGCGAUGGCGACGACAUGGCGGCGGCGGCGGAUGCGCCGCUGGACCCCAGCUCGCCUGCUGUGCUGCGGCUGGCGGAGCGGUUGGCGAGCGCCAGCAGUGGCAGUGGCAGCAUGGAAGGCGGAGGAGGGGAAGGGGAUGGCGCAGGCGGUGGUGGCAGCGGCGCACCAGGGGCGGGCGGGCGGCUGGCGGUGGCGCUGACCGCUGAGGAGCGGGAGCUGGUGGCGGCGUCGGCACGUGUGGAGGACAGCUGCACGUGGCUGGGCGUGUGGCGUCAGCCGGUGAGCGGGCGCUACUGCCGAGUGGACGUGAAGGUGUACCGCCGCGCGCAGCUGCCCUUCGCAGUCAACUACUUCGCCAGCGGCACCGACUUCAACAGGGCUAUCAGGUACUACUGCAACACGCCGCUGCCAGCCACCCGGGAGCUAGCACGGAGCUACCACCCCCAGGCCGAGGCGUUCCGGCUGUCUGACCGCGAGCUGGCGGUGAUGCGGCGGGAGCGCGUGGCAGCGGGGGGCGGGCCCAUGGGGCCGGACGGGCGGCCGGGGGUGGUGGAGCACUUGCUGGCGCUGGUGCCGUGCAGGUGUGAGACGGACAUCUUUCGGGCCAUCGGUUUGGACUACGUGCCGCUGCACAUGCGGGACAUCCUGGCGGUGGAGUGAUUGCGGUAUUGCGAUUGCGUUUGGUUGCGAUGAUACUGGUAUGGAAGAAGGGUCC